CAGAAAACCCAGUCCGGUGAAGGGGGAAAAAAAAACCCACCAUUUUUGAGAAAGCGAUGGCCGUCCGUCUCUCUCAUCCCUUCCUCUCCUCCUCUCUUUCCUUCCCCGCCCGAAGAAGAUCCCUUCAAAUCUGCAAAUUUUCCGUCCAAAAUCCAAUCCCGAGAUCGAUCGAAACUCAAAAGCUAGUGUUGGAGGUAAAAGAAAAGCUUGAAAUAGAGCAUCCCAGCCUCCCCAUAGGAAGAAAUGGAAGAGAUGAUGAAGAUAUGAUCCUAUGGUUUCUGAAGGACCGAAAGUUUCAAGUUGAAGAUGCAGUCUCAAAAUUAACAAAAGCUAUUAAAUGGCGUCAAGAAUUUGGCGUGUCGGAAUUGUCAGAAGAAUCCGUGAAGAACAUAGCUGGAACAGGAAAAGCCUACUUGCACGACUUUCUCGAUGUCAAUGGUAGACCAGUACUGGUAGUGGUAGCAUCCAAGCAUUUCCCAACACAGAACCAGGAUCCCAUUGAGAGCCAGAAGCUUUGCGCCUUCCUGAUCGAGAAGGCAUUGAGUAAACUUCCUACUGGCAAAGAAGAAAUACUUGGAAUCUUCGAUCUCCGCGGAUUCGGUACAGAAAAUGGGGAUAUUCUGUUCCUGAAGUUCUUGAUUGAUAUGUUCUAUACAUACUAUCCGAAGCGGUUGGGUCAGGUCCUUUUUGUGGAUGCUCCAUUUGUGUUUCAGCCAAUUUGGCAGCUGGUCAAGCCGUUAUUGAAAUCAUAUGCUUCUUUGGUGAGAUUUUGUUCGGCGGAAACAGUUAGAAAGGAAUAUUUUACAGAAGAGACGGUGCCAGCAGACUUCAGAGGCUGAGAAUGCCUCGACCCAAACUCCAGUUUUUGAUAUAUAAAUCUCAAUCAACCCUGCAAUGAUCUUUGGAAUGCCAAGAUAAUGGUCUAUUUAUUAAAUGCUGUUGCAUAAGCAUUCCUUCUGGGAAAUGUCACGGAUAAACUGCUCAUUUCAAAGCAUCAUGGCUAGCCUGUCAUGACUCACGACAUA